AAUCAGAGCCGUUGAUGCAACUGACAUAAGUAGAUUUUACCAAAAAAAUAAAAGAGAUAAAAGAAAAAGCCACUGUGCUACUGCUUCCCAAAACGCAAGGCAAGCCACUGGGAAACACAGGAAAUGAAUUGAACCCUCCACUGGCCACUGCAAAACCCUAAUUAACGAAGACACAGUGAGUGAGAAUGGCGCUCAAAGGAAAGGAGACGAUCAAGAGCAUGAUGAGGAAAUUCGGAGACAAAGCCCUAACUCCGCGACUGAAGGAGGAGGUGAAGAAGAAAGGCAUAAUGGGAGACAAAACCCUACCUCCGCGAUUGAGAGAGGAGCUCAAGAAGCAAGGCGUACCCGACUCCAAAAUCAUUAUGGGUCGGGCCAAACGUGGCAUCUACGCUGGCCGCCACAUCCAGUUUGGCAAUCAAAUCAGUGAAGACGGUGGCAACAAGUCAAGGAGGACAUGGAAGCCAAAUGUGCAGGAGAAGCGUCUCUUCAGUUACAUCCUUGACCGUCACAUUCGGGUGAAAGUCACCACCCAUGCUCUCCGUUGCAUAGACAAAGCAGGUGGGAUUGAUGAGUACUUUCUGAAAACUCCUUACCAGAGGAUGGAUACAGAAAUGGGUCUCGUUUGGAAAGCCAAAAUUGAAAAGCUUUAUGAAGAGGUUCGGCAGACACCGGUUGCGUUAAUUAAACCUGAAGCUGAAGCCAAUUUGGAACAGAAAUUCAAACAACUAAAACUAGACGAGAGGGACGUCAGGAGAGAGAUGUACGGUUGGUCAAACAAACUAAAACAGAUUGAGGAAGGAGCUGACAACCAAGUAGCUGAUGAGGAAGGUGCAAGGAUUGGAGAACAAAGCUCUCAUGUUGAUGUUCCGGAGCAGUUGGUUGCAAACUCCUGAGUUUGGAGCUCGUAAACCAGCUUGGGAAUGUUCUCGUUUUUGUCAGCUACUUCCGGUUUUUAGAGUUUUGUUUCUCUUCAGGGUUUUUAGAGAGAAAUCGUAGUAGUAGCCGAUCCUGAUAAGCCGAAAUUUGUUCAUCUUUUCCCAUUAUGGAAAUUCACAUGACAGUCCUGUUGGUUUCAUAUACAAUUUUGUACUAAAUAAUUUCU